GGCUAUUCAAGGCACUUGUCCUCCCUCGUCUCCCUCGGGUGCACAGAGGAGCAGGAGAGGGGAGGAGGCACAUACUGCACACUUGCACUCUGGUAGCCGACGGGAGCACAUUGAGCCCAGCCUGCUCCCCCACUUUCACACCGACUGCACCAAAAAGCCGCAACAAGAAGAUUUCCCGCCGCAGGAGCAGGAAUUCCUCCUUGGACAUUCUUCUAGUUCUGCUCAAAGCUUCAGCAUGGCAGCAGGAGCUCUGGGAAGACACCUUGGAACCAGGAUGGGUCUCCUGUGGGCUCUGUUGACGCUCCUCAACCACGUGGGGGCUUUCAACCUGGAUACUACUCACACGCUGCACAAACUGGGAGACCGCGGGACCUUUUUUGGUUUCUCUCUUGCUCUACAUCAGCAGCUCACCCCUGAACCUCAGAGCUGGAUCUUAGUUGGGGCGCCACAGGCUGCAGGCCACGGUUUGUUGCGCGGCAGUCGACCUGGAGCCCUGUUCAAGUGUCCUAUCACACCCGAGGAAUAUGACUGUGAGAGGGUUGAUAUUGAUGGUACAGUGAGUCUAAACAAGGAGAACAAGGACAACCAAUGGCUGGGAGUUACUGUCAAGAGCCAAGGCAUUGGAGGCAAGGUGGUGACCUGCGCUCACCUGUACGAGCUCAGGCAGCGCGUGCACCAACCCACCGAGACGCGAUCUCCUAUCGGACGCUGCUACGUUCUAAGUGAAGACCUGACAAAGCGAGACGACCUGGAUGGAGGAGAGUGGAAGUUCUGUGAGGGCCGACCGCAGGGUCACGAGCAGUUUGGCUUCUGCCAACAAGGUCUUUCCGUCAGUUUCACGCCAGACAACAACUUCAUAUUGUUUGGGGCCCCCGGGACAUACCACUGGAAAGGUGAAGUGCGCAUGCAGCUGAUAAACCAGACGCUGCUCGACCUUGGUGUCUAUGAUGACGGACCCUACGAGGUGGCGGAUCAGAAAGAGCUUAAUGCCCGGCUCAUCCCUGUUCCCUACCACAGUUACCUGGGCUUCUCCGUGGACUCGGCCAUGGGAAUAAUGAGCCUCGGGGAGUUGACCUUUGUGGCAGGUGCACCGCGGGCUAAUCACACGGGGGCCGUGGUGUUGCUACGCAAGGACAACGUUCACCGCUUGGUGCCCGAGCAUAUUUUCUGGGGAGAGGAGCUCGCGUCUUCUUUCGGCUACUCAGUGGCAACCACUGAUCUCAACAAUGAUGGUUGGACCGACUUGAUCGUGGGAGCGCCCAAUUUUUUUGACCGUAAAGCUGAGAUCGGUGGUGCCGUCUACGUGUACCUAAAUCCCUUUGGACACUGGGACGAUCAGGCCCGUCCCAUCCGUCUCAACGGGACAUACGACUCCAUGUUUGGCAUGACGGUCAGCAACAUAGGUGAUUUGGACCAGGACGGAUACGGAGACAUCGCCGUUGGCGCUCCGUUUGACGGGGACGGCAAGGUGUUCAUCUACCGAGGCUCGGAUGCAGGAAUUGAAACCAAACCUGCUCAGGUGCUGGAUGGCCAAGACUUUGACGUGAGGCGUUUCGGAUACUCCAUCUCAGGCGGCUUGGACGUGGAUGAGAACCACUAUCCAGACCUCGCCAUUGGCUCACUCAAUAAUUCAGUGGUGCUCUUCAGGUCUCACCCAGUCAUCCAUGUAAUUCGGGAAAUAUCCAUUGACCCGGAAUACAUCGAUCUGACGCAGCAUAACUGUAAAGGCCGAGAUGGAGUUUGCAUCGAGGUCAAGGCUUGCUUUGUCUAUGCGGCUCACCCAGUGCACUACUCGCCGCAUAUAACCCUGAUGGUGCGUUUUGAAGCCGACGCGGAGCGCAGGAAGCUGGGCCUGCCGCACCGCGUCAACUUCCUGGGCCGCAGUUCCCUGGAGUCCGAGUACACGCAGAUCGAGGAGGUGGAGCUUCAUCGGCAGAAACACCCAGCGUGUGCCACCGCUACCUUCCAACUCCAUGAGAACAUCCGGGACAAACUUCGACCCAUCUCAUUGGCCAUCACCCACACCAUUAAACCUGUGCCCCCGCACAGACACUCGGGAGCUAAGCGGCUGGAGAGAUUGGCUCCUGUGCUCAACGUGUCGCCCUCCAAUACGCUGCACUCGGAGGUGAACUUCCUGCGCGAGGGAUGCGGCCCGGACAAAAUCUGCCAGAGCAACCUACAGCUGAGCUACCGCUUUGGAACGCGGCCUCUCACCUCUGACCUGUUCACCCCCCUGCCAAGGGACGAGAACGAUGUGCAGGUUUUCUCCUUGUCCGACCAGCGCGUAGUGGCGUUGGAGAUCACCGUCACCAACAUGCCCUCGGACCCGCUUCGCCCCGAGGAGGACGGCGAUGACGCUCACGCCGCUCAGCUGCUCGUCUCUCUCCCGAAAAUGCUCUCCUACGCCGGCUCCAGGGUGCCCGCUCAGAUGAGGUGUCAAGCCAAUCAAAAUGGCUCCGAUGUAGAAUGUGACCUGGGGAACCCCGUGAAAAGAAACACAAAGUUAAAAUUCAUCAUCAACUUGAGCACGGCCAACAUCACCAUUGAAACGACAGAGUUGACCGCUGACCUCCAACUGACUACCAUCAGUGAGCAGCCUGACCUCUUACCGAUCACAGCGAUGGCGAAAGUUGUAAUAGAGCUCCCUCUGUCUGUCAGUGGGCUGGCUCGUCCUCAUCAGCUGUUCUUCAGCGGUGCUGUUAGGGGCGAAAGCGCCAUGGGCAGUCUGGACGAUGUCGGCAGCCCCGUGGACUUUGAGUUUGUGGUGGCCAAUCCCGGUCAAGCGCUGCAAACAUUUGGCUCCGCCUUCCUCAACAUCAUGUGGCCAUAUGAACUAGACAAUGGCAAGUGGCUCCUGUACCCGGCCAGUCUGAACUUUGAUGGAUCCCAAUGCACUCCUGCGGGGGCGAUCAACCCUUUAAGUCUAGAUGCCCCCACAUCUGCGCAACCUGUCAAUGAAACGGUUGGACGAACUCGUCGCUCCCACCCGGAUCUCGAAGGCCAGGAAACGACCGGUGGCAGCGUGAAACGAAGCGCUCCGGCUGUGGCUGCUUCCGAGAGGCGCAAGUCACUCAAGUUGGAUUGUCUCCUGGGAUCAGCGCGUUGCGUGCUCUUGCAGUGCCCCCUCCACAGCUUCUCCGGGCAGGCGGUGCUCAGGAUUCACGGAAGGCUGUGGAACAGCACUUUCAUUGAGGAGUUCCCGGCUGUCAGUGCUCUGGAGUUGCUGGUCAGAGCAGAAAUCACCGUCAAGUCCACCAUCAAACAUCUGCUCCUCAGAGAUGCUGAAGCACAGGUUCCGGUGAUGAUCUAUCCCGAGCCCGGUCUAGUGGACCAGUACUCAAUCCCCUGGUGGAUCAUCCUCAUCGCCAUCCUGGCUGGCAUCUUUCUUCUGACCCUGCUGGUCUGCUUACUGUGGAUGUGUGGCUUCUUCAAGCGCAACAAGAGGCGCCAACACUAUGACACGGAGUACUACCGCGCCCAUUUGGGCGUCCAGCCCUCCUUCUCCCUCCCUCCAAGCGUGUGGUUUCUUCCAACGGGCCCACCACAAAGAAAAACUGCCUCAGUACCACGCGGUGAAGAUCCCUCGUCAGGAGCGGCCGCAGUUCCAGACAGAGAAAUCCGGUGUUCAUAAAAAGGAAUGGGCCACACACUGGAAUGACGGGACUUCAUAAAAACCACAAAGCACCCACAAGCACCCUCCUCCUUCUGAGCGUGCCACUCAUUUGGAACCCCAACAACACGUGCGCGUUGUCUCAGACUGGAUCUUGAGCGCGCACGAUACAUGGAGUGACUGCACGGCCACCGUGGUGGAGUAUUUGAAGCAUACUAUAUAGUGAUUGUAAAAGAUAUGGGACUAUGAUGAGAUAGCCUUUGACAAGGACUACUAUGUUUUUUUGUUUGUUUUUUUUGCCUGAAUUGCUGUAGCACUGAUGACUCAUAUGGGCAAUUUUUAUAUGAGGAUGUUUGUUGUAGUGUCUGUAAGGCAGACCUGUCAAAAUGGCUGAAAAUCAGUUCCCCAGAAAAGUGCUGCAUUUUUUAUUUUUUGCAAAUUUGUGGGUUGGGGGCUAUGGGAGUUUUUAACAGAAGUCCUUGACCCAAAAGUGGGUGUGGCAGAAACUUGAAAAAAUUUGAUUUAUGGACAGGUACCUACGUUCAGACCUGACCAAAAUAACGGACAUAGUCCAGUUUGGUCCCUUAUACACGAAGACAUGCAUGCUACGUUGGUUUUGUGUCGGGCUACGUCAUAGUCAUAUACGUAAUGACCACAAAAAUCAUAUACAUCAUAUUAAAAUCUGUACACAAUUAGCACGAGCGAAAUGGAUGAAUGGGAGAGUUGACAACUUGACCUAUGUGACCUGUUUAAAUGACAGAACACGAUACAGCACCACCUGCUGGAUGUGUUUGCUCACAGCAGCAUUUGAAAGGAAUUUAACUAAACAAUGCAAAUUGCACUUUCACACUUGGCAGGCGUGAUAAAAUGACCCUAACAGUUUUUGUCGAGCAUGUGUGUGGCAACAUUUUCCCAAUUUCACUGUUGAACGUUUUCUUCCUAUCAAUUUUAAAUAAUUCACGUUCAGUCAUCUUAAAUUGUAGAAUUAAUUAUUGGAUCAAUCUUCUCACCGCUUGAGCUUCUAUGAGUAUUUGCCAGACUGAGACUGUUUGCUGCUGAUGACAAUCACUUCAUUGUUUGUCACCUUGGACACGUUAGAGAAAACGGCUGAUUUGAAUCAUUGCUUAACUGCAAAAGUCAUGAAUAUCUGUUUUUUUCGUUUUGCGUUUGAAUUAAUGUGGCUUGACUGCAAAAGGUGGUUAAAUGUGGUUUCAUUGCAACAUUCAACAAAAAAAAUAAUCGUUUUGUUUGUAAAUUCCGAAAUAGAUCUGACAUUUUUUGCAAUUUAUGAAAUUCAUUAUACGUUUUAUUGUUGCAGAUAUGAUCUAAAAAGGAUAUAUCAUGGAAACUGUGCUCUUUUUUGUUUAUAUGUCAAGUUGAGUUCCAUCAAGUGUGAAAUUAAACAACCACGUAAAGCUUU